GGUCCGGGCUGGGGCGCUGGGUUGUGGAGUUGGUGGAAAGUGACAAGUUGGGCGAGAAGAGAGAUCGCAGAGAGCUGGAGGAGCCUCGGCCGAGUGAGCCCCGAGACCGCAGCUCCAGGCACUGGGCAAGCUCUUCUGCAGUCGUAGCCGGAGACACACGGUGCGCUAGAGCGACACAGUGAGCCUGGGACUGAACGGCCGGCCGAGGCAGGGCUGCUGCGGAGUACCGACCGGGAGGAGCCGCGCUCCCAGGUCCGGGGCGGCAGAGCGGAGGCGAGGGAGCAGGUCAGAGGGACAAAGAGUUUUGCAAAGGCCCCCCGGUGUCCUGCGAGUGCCUGCGGCAGGACGAAGUGACCAGGAGCCCUGGGCGAACCCGUGGAUGUUCUGCGCGCCGCUAGGGAGCCGCCAGCACCGCCACGAGAGGAGGAAUGCACCGGCCGCGCCGCCGCGGGUCGCGCCCGCCACCGCUGGCGCUGCUGGCCGCGCUGCUGCUAGCCGCACGCGGGGCUGCUGCCCAAGAAACAGAGUUGUCAGUCAGUGCUGAGCUGGUGCCUACCUCGUCCUGGAACACUUCAAGUGAAAUCGACAAAGAUUCUUACUUAACCCUUGAUGAGCCGAUGAAUAACAUCACAACGUCCCUGGGGCAGACUGCGGAACUGCACUGCAGAGUGUCGGGGGACCCACCUCCCAGUAUCCGCUGGUUCAAGAAUGAUGCGCCCGUGGUCCAAGAACCUCGUAGAAUCUCCUUCCGGGCAACCAACUAUGGUUCUCGGCUGCGGAUUAGAAACCUUGACACCACAGACACUGGUUACUUCCAGUGCGUGGCAACAAAUGGCAAAAAAGUGGUUUCUACCACUGGUGUCCUGUUUGUCAAAUUUGGGCCUCCUCCGACUGCAAGCCCAGGAUCCUCAGAUGAGUAUGAAGAAGAUGGAUUCUGUCAGCCAUACCGAGGCAUUGCGUGUGCACGAUUUAUUGGCAACCGCACUGUGUAUAUGGAGUCUUUGCACAUGCAGGGGGAAAUAGAAAAUCAGAUCACAGCUGCCUUCACCAUGAUUGGCACCUCCAGCCAUUUAUCUGAUAAGUGCUCUCAGUUCGCCAUCCCUUCCUUGUGCCACUAUGCCUUCCCAUACUGUGACGAAACCUCAUCUGUCCCAAAGCCCCGUGACUUGUGUCGUGAUGAAUGUGAAGUGCUGGAGAAUGUCCUGUGUCAGACAGAGUACAUCUUUGCCAGAUCAAAUCCCAUGAUUUUGAUGAGGCUGAAGUUGCCAAACUGUGAGGAUCUCCCCCAGCCGGAGAGCCCGGAAGCUGCAAACUGCAUACGGAUUGGCAUUCCCAUGGCGGAUCCUAUAAACAAAAAUCACAAAUGCUACAAUAGCACAGGUGUAGACUACAGGGGAACCGUCAGUGUGACCAAGUCAGGACGCCAGUGCCAGCCGUGGAAUUCUCAGUACCCACACACGCACAGCUUCACCGCCCUGCGCUUUCCGGAACUCAAUGGAGGCCACUCCUACUGCCGCAACCCUGGCAACCAGAAGGAAGCUCCCUGGUGCUUUACCUUGGAUGAAAACUUUAAGUCUGACCUGUGUGACAUCCCAGCAUGUGAUUCCAAAGAUUCCAAAGAGAAGAAUAAAAUGGAAAUCUUGUACAUUCUGGUGCCAAGUGUGGCCAUUCCCCUGGCUAUCGCCUUCCUCUUCUUCUUCAUCUGUGUGUGCCGCAAUAACCAGAAGUCUUCAUCACCACCAGUCCAGAGGCAGCCAAAACCCGUCAGAGGACAGAACGUAGAGAUGUCCAUGCUCAAUGCAUACAAGCCCAAGAGCAAGGCUAAAGAGCUGCCUCUUUCCGCUGUGCGUUUCAUGGAAGAAUUGGGUGAAUGUACCUUUGGAAAAAUCUAUAAGGGCCAUCUCUACCUCCCAGGAAUGGACCAUGCACAGCUGGUGGCUAUCAAAACCUUGAAAGACUAUAACAACCCCCAGCAGUGGACAGAAUUUCAACAGGAAGCCUCUCUCAUGGCUGAACUACACCAUCCCAAUAUUGUAUGUCUCCUCGGUGCCGUCACCCAGGAACAACCUGUGUGUAUGCUCUUUGAGUAUAUGAACCAGGGCGAUCUCCACGAGUUCCUCAUCAUGAGAUCCCCGCAUUCUGAUGUCGGCUGUAGCAGUGAUGAAGACGGGACGGUCAAAUCCAGCCUGGACCAUGGCGAUUUCUUACACAUCGCAAUUCAGAUCGCAGCUGGCAUGGAGUACCUGUCUAGUCACUUCUUUGUGCACAAGGACCUUGCAGCUCGCAACAUUUUAAUUGGAGAGCAACUGCAUGUAAAGAUCUCGGAUCUCGGGCUUUCCAGAGAAAUUUACUCUGCUGAUUACUAUAGGGUGCAGAGUAAGUCUUCACUGCCCAUCCGCUGGAUGCCCCCUGAGGCCAUCAUGUACGGCAAAUUCUCCUCUGAUUCCGAUAUCUGGUCUUUCGGGGUUGUGUUGUGGGAGAUUUUCAGCUUUGGACUCCAGCCAUAUUAUGGGUUUAGUAAUCAGGAAGUGAUUGAAAUGGUGCGGAAGCGGCAGCUCUUACCAUGUUCUGAAGACUGCCCGCCGCGAAUGUACAGCCUCAUGACCGAGUGCUGGAAUGAGAUUCCUUCCAGGAGACCACGCUUUAAAGACAUCCACGUCCGGCUUCGAUCCUGGGAGGGGCUCUCAAGUCAUACCAGCUCUACCACCCCCUCGGGUGGAAAUGCCACCACGCAGACCACCUCCCUCAGUGCCAGUCCUGUGAGUAACCUCAGCAAUCCCCGAUUUCCCAACUACAUGUUCCCGAGCCAAGGAAUUACACCCCAGGGUCAGAUCGCUGGUUUCAUUGGCCCAGCGAUACCUCAGAACCAGCGCUUCAUCCCCAUCAAUGGAUACCCAAUACCUCCUGGCUAUGCAGCCUUUCCAGCUGCCCACUACCAGCCUGCAGGGCCACCCAGGGUGAUUCAGCACUGCCCACCUCCAAAGAGUCGGUCCCCAAGCAGCGCCAGCGGAUCGACCAGCACUGGCCAUGUGGCCAGCUUGCCUUCAUCAGGAUCCAAUCAGGAAGCAAACGUUCCUUUGCUACCCCACAUGUCAAUUCCAAAUCACCCUGGUGGAAUGGGCAUCACUGUUUUUGGCAACAAAUCUCAAAAACCCUACAAAAUAGACUCAAAACAAUCAUCUUUGCUUGGGGACUCCAAUAUCCAUGGGCACACCGAAUCUAUGAUUUCUGCAGAAGUGUAAAAAUGUGUGACUUUUGUAAAUACACUAUCCCGGAAAAACUAGAAGGUGGCAGAAAAGAUUUAUAUUCAAAUGUUUUUAUUGAAGGUUCUCAUUUAGCAGACAUUGCAACCAGUAUCUUCUGUGAAGUUUAACUGUGUCUUACCGGGAAGACACCAGCCAGGAAAUAUAACGCAUUGUGGUGGGAUUUACACUCCAUCUGGGUGUAUGAUAUAUUGUCGGGAACAGACCAUUUAUUUCAAGGACUGAAAACUGCAAAACCAAUGAAGAGGAACAGAACAUAGUAAUUAAAUAGCAAACCAAAAAAGGAAGUCAAAUGGUGCUCCCUCUGCCUUUGGUCACCAUGACUGAUCUACCCCCAAAAUGUAUAGACUGUAGCAUUUGUCUACCUGCUGUCUCUACUUCAGGACAGAUGUUCAGGAACUAUCUUGAUUCAACUUAGACUCUAGGCAUGUUUGAAUGGAAGUGGUGUUUAGUACUACAGAGGGAACUUUAGGCUACAUUUUCAAUCUCAGAUAGAAAUGAGCCAUACAGAUGAGUCACGCCCACGGAUGUCCUCUCAGUAGCCAGGUUUCUCGGGGAUGGUGUAGAGCAUCCCUGUGUGACCUUACUCUUCUCACAAAGGCCUUUUCCACAGUCCCUUUUUCCACAAUAUGUUUACACAGGCCCAAGAGAAGGUAGAUUUGGAUGCUAGAAAUGGUUGUACAUCACCGUUUAGGUUAUUGCUUUAGGAAUGAGGCACCCGAGGAGGUACAGUCAGGAAAAUGGUCCCUCAGCCCGGAUCAUGGGAGAAGAACUAGGGUUGUGUCACUGCUCCUUUAGUCAGCCUCCAUAGGAGCUUCCCCCGACCAUUCAUGCUGCAAACUCGUGAUGCUAGAGGCAAGCAUAACCACACACAUGCCAUGCCCUUAGCUUGUUUACAAGUCAGCCCAGGUCUCAGGAGUGCUUACUGUUGGCAGGAAGGCAAUGAGCAGGAGGAAACCCUGUGAUGCUACCAGAGGUUAGUAAAUUCAAACUCUCACUUUGUGCUUUGCCUGGAGACCAAUUAAAUUCCAGCCCCAAGAACUGUAAUACUUUACUCAUGGGGCUAGCUGAAACCCAAAGACAAAAUACCCUAUUUCGCAAAGCAAAUGUCUAAAAGACAUGCUGAGUUUGUUCAAAGAUUACAAAAUUCCAAAUUCCUUAACUUGGUCCUUCUUGCCUUCGUUAGGGGGGGGUGACAUCAAGUGUGCUCAUCCUGGCCUUUACUUGUCAAUUACCUUUUACCAUGGUCAGAAUCUUUGGAAAAUUCAAGUUCUACAUAGAAAGAAAUUUUUUUCUUUUUUU